UAAAAGGCAAAAUACUGAAAAACAACAACGCUGUUGGAAACAGUAGCUGAAUCUCGGUGAGAUACAAAAUUGAUAGGCAACAGCUACAAAGUAAACAAAAUACAGUACCAACAAAAAAUUACCAACUGAUACUGCUCGUCGCAACUUUAGGCCAAAUUGUGACAACAUGACACACACAGCAGAGACACGGCGCAAAAUGUUAGACGAAUUUGCCAGCGCAAUUAUUGACAUUAAUGUAACGAGCAGAUUGGCUAAUAUUUAUAUUGAUAAAAUUGGAUAUGAAAUAAGAGACAAAUUGUUCAAAGAAACUAAGGCAUUCUGUCAUACGUACGGUACUGGAAGUUUAUAUGAAGGCAUGCCCCUCGAUGUCUGUAACGAUGAGGACAUAAUGUUCCUGCGAAGAUCAUUUCCAAUGGUGUUGUUUCAAUCACCAGACUUGUAUGAUAUAAGUAAAUCGGGAUAUUUAACUGCUUCGCAAUGUUUAUAUGAACCGCUGUAUCUGAUGCUUCAAGCAAACGAUAACAAAAAAGGCCUCGAUGAUGUAAUUAUCAAAAGUCUUGGUAGAAGUGGAAUUUUAAUGAAUGACGUUUUGAUAAACAUGUGUAUAUACAAGAACAUUCCUAAAACUAAACGAAGAGGCCCUUCUAUUCAAUAUAUUGGAACUUUGAAAAAAUUUCCAGGCUAUGAAGGCCCGAAAUCAGAUGCAUUGGACACGAUACUUUGUAUGAGGUGCCAGUGGUCACCACGAGCACGUGAAUUUUUUACAAGGCCAAGAAAAAACUGGCCGUCGAAAGCGCUGCUGGAUAAAAUGUCUAAACUUGACUGCUUUGUAGUACCAUGUGGGCCCCAUGAGACACAGUUGCCAGAUGUUGAAUGGAGAUUGUCUUUUUCAUUACAUGAAAAGGAACUUUUGCACGAAAUGCCUGAGUCGCAUUUUAAGUGCAUGUAUGUAAUGAAAGCACUGAAGAACAAGUAUGUUAUAUAUGACGACUCUGCUAAACCAACGCCAUUUUGUUCGUAUUUUGUCAAAACCGCUUGCCUGUGGAUGUGCGAGAGAAUACCGAGAACAACUUGCAACAUAAUGGAAUUGACCAGAGCGACAUUAAAUUGGCUUAUCGAUUGCUACCAGAGACGAAACUUACCACAUUAUUUCAUACCUGAGCAAAAUUUAAUUAAACAUCUAUCAACAGAAUGUGAUGAUGUAAUAGCGAGAUUGACGACAAUUAGAAAACACCUUUGGGCAAUGGAAAUGUCAUGUUUAGAUUGUUUGUAUACCGGUUCCCAUGUUUUUGUAAAUAAAAUUUGCGAUGCUCUCAACAUUAAAGUUAUUGUCGAUAAAGCAUGUGACUGGAGUUCACUUGAGAGAGUCUUUUUGAACAUCCAGAUAUCGUACAGAAAAUUGUACCUAUGCUUUCUCAAAUAGAAUCCAGUCUCGAAUCAGAGAAAUAUAUGCAUAUCCUUUAUGCACGAAUAUCGGACUAUCUUAUGCUCUCUUUAGUUGAACAAUUAAAAAGUGAUCCGUUGUAUUUAAUCCCAAAAUUAAUCUUACCAAUCAUCGAAAGUAUUGGCAAUAUAGUGCCACAGGCGUUUGUUGCCGCAUUCAGAGCUCGUCUGUAUAGAUAUUUAGGCGAUGUGUAUACUUCACUAUUAGUCAAUUUACGAAAUAAAUUGUCGUACAAAAAUAUGAAAAUUUGUCAUGAGAGACUGUUAAAAUUAUAUGAAUUAGGAACUGAUGAGACACCCCUUGGCUUAGCAAAUGGCCAAUUGGUAUUUAUCCAAAUUAAAUUGCUUAAAUACCAUUACUUGAUGUGGAAUUACAACGAAAUGAGAAAUGUUGUUUCAUCGCUGGAUAUGAUGCUUCCUAUCUUUAAACAAAGUAAUAGUUUCCGGUUUUUAACCAUAGGAGCAACUACAACCAUUGGAACUUGGGAACUGGAUUGUUGCUGGGCCGAUGACGACAUUUUAUUACAUAUCUUUAGGUGUAUGAAUGUUAAGAAAUUUUAUUUCCAUCCUAUAGCGUUUUUCCUUUAUGUAAAAGCACGGAUAUGCAUCAAGGAGUGUGAUACGGGAAAUGCAUUUAAAAUUGUGAAAGAAAUGGGGUCGUUGUCGUCCACUAUCACUCAUCAUAUGAUAUGUUUUAAGUCAACCACCAACAUACUGACGCAAGUUAUAAAAGGUUUAAUAGGCCUAGUAAUGUACUACCGUAAUUACAAUAAAGGAAACACUGUUCUGGCUUGACCCUCUGUGUUCAAAGUAAGCGUUUGCUCUAAGUAUUUAUUUACGUGCCACGUAACUACGAUCGAUGUACAAAAUAAACUAUCACUUUUCGAAGCUAAAUCUUUUUGAAGAGAGGGCGCUCUCCC